AUGAGCUUCAAGAACAAAGUAGUAUUAGUAACUGGUGCGAGCUCAGGAAUUGGUGCCGUCACUGCCAUCCUGUUUGCUAAGGAAGGUGCUGAUGUGGUUAUUGUGGCCCGAAACGAAAAUAAACUUAAAAAGGUUGCACAGGAUUGCGCAAAAUUUGGAAAAUAUCCACUUGUUAUCAAGGCUGACGUAUCAGAUGAUGACGAUGAUCGAAGAAUAAUUAAUGAUACAAUUGAAAAAUUCAAUAAAUUGGACGUUUUGAUCAACAAUGCCGGCAUCGUAAGAUUUGGUCCGAUCCUUGAUGGACAAAUAACAGAUCAGUACGAUGAAAUCAUGAAGAUUAAUGUGCGCCCUGUCCUACGACUUACAAGCUUAGCUGCCCCGUAUUUGAUUAAAACAAAAGGAAACAUUGUUAAUGUUUCAAGUAUUGCUGGACAUACAGUAACUGAUCAAAUGGCAGCAUACAGUGUAUCAAAAGCGGCCGUGAUUAAUUUUUCGCGGUCUUCAGCGUUAGAGCUGGCACGUCAUGGAAUACGAGUCAACGUGGUUAGCCCUGGGCCUGUCAACACAAAUAUUUUUGUCAAUGCCGGCCUCCCUCUUAAGGUUGAGGAUUUUGGCAUUGGGACAGCCUUUAAUAGAGCAUCUGCUCCAGAGGAGAUAGCAGAUGUGAUUAUGUAUUUAGCCAGUGACAAGGCUACAAGUGUGACUGGAACCGAUAUAGUAGCUGAUAAUGGCUAUUUACUGGUAAAGUAAAGGCUAAUAUGUUGUUUGCUUAUCUAAGUCGCAUCGAGCUCUCUUUGUAGAUACGUUUGUGUUGUUUGAUAAAAACUUUUAUUUGUCCUUAUUAUAUCGUUCCAUUUUUACUAAAAAAUGUAUACGCUAUAUUUUUUUCAGUCAUUUUUAUCAUGUUCAUUGUUUAUCAUAAUAUUUUGUUUUUCUUAUGGUUUUGUAUAAUAGGUACUUUACGGUGUUCAUAUUUAAUUUGUACCAUAUACAAUUACAAUUCUCGAUCUUAA